CCUUAAGCCACACCUGUGGGGCUGUCUGAAACCUGAAAAGCAAAAGCCUUACAUUAGGUUUUGUGAAAACUCUGUCAAAUGUUGAACAGUUUUCUGAAUUUUUUGAAUGGUGUUCCUUAAUAAAAACAUUUUAGGCUUUCGUGUGAGAAAAGUAAAAUUAAAUUAAGACGGAUUAUGGCCGAUAUUAAAACUGAUUCUUUCGCAAAAGUUGUCCGGAAAAAAGCUGGCAGGGCCAAGGAACGGUUUUUACAAAACUUGGGUAAAGCUGAUAGGACAACCGAUGAACUUUUCGAGUCUUCUCAAGUCAACUUCAACCGGCAACAAAAUUCAGCAACAAGGCUACAAAAGGAGAUUAAAAAUUACAUAACAUGCAUCAGAGCAUUACAAGCAGCAAACAAAGGUCUCAUGGAUUGUUUGACAGAGAUAUAUGAACCUGAAUGGCCUGACCAGGAGCAAAUACCUGUCAAAGCAGCAACUAUGGAUUUACUUUGGGAGGAUUUAUGCCACAAAUUAAAUGAUCAAGUCACUAUACCUUUGAGCACAUAUCUGAGUCAAUUUUCAGAGAUUAGGGCUAAAAUUGAUAAACGGGGACGAAAACUGGUUGACUAUGAUUGUACUCGACACACAAUGGAAUCAUUUGCGCGUGGAGCCGGUAAAAAGGACGAAAUUAAGAUUGCAAAGGCUAGGGAACAAAUGGAGGAAGCAAAAAGAUUGUACGAGGUGUUAAACCGAGAGCUUCACGAUGAAUUACCUGCCCUCUAUGAUAGUCGGAUUCCCUUCCUUAUAUCAACCUUGCAAACCCUAUUCGAAGCGGAGACCACUUUUCACUCUGAGUAUUCCAAGACUCAUGCUCAACUCAGAGAAAUCAUUGAUUGUUUCGCCAUGGAAGCCCAGAAAGGUUCAUAUCACACUAGUGCCCGACAUGUUAAUUUUCCUUCACCCGGUAAUACAAUAACCGGACACAAUAAAUCGGAAACCAAUAUUUCCAGGCCUUAUGAAGAAAUUGAAUAUAAAAAUAAGAGCUUAGAAAGGCAAAAAUCUAAUAUGUCGGUGACCAAAAGUGUAGUUACAACCAACAACCAGUCAAAUGGUGAUUCAACUCAUCAUCCUGUCGGUGAUGGAUUAACACAAGAAAAGAGUGAAGUUAUAUCUGAUGGUUUGAAUACGCAGUUAAAGGUGCGUGCCACUUACAAAUAUGUCGCUGAAGAUUCAGAUGAAUUAUCGUUUGAAGCCGGAGAAAUAAUUCGAGUUGUUGAAUACGAAGAUCCAGAAGAGCAAGAAGAAGGCUGGCUAGUUGGAGUAAAAGAAUCGACCGGAGAGAAAGGAUUGUUUCCUGCCAAUUUCACCAAACCCAUCUAAUAUUAUUAAAGAUAUUUAUGUUAAUUCACAAAGCAAUCAGUAAAGAACAACUUCUUCAACAAUCACCAGAAUGAACAAUCUUCACUUCUACUGCUGCUGCUGAUGGUGAUGAUGAUCACGUUUUAUUAAUCGAUUGUUGACAAAACAGCAACAGCAACAAUAAAAGUCUCCUCUUUUAUUCCUGUUAGACUCUGUUGUAUGUGUAAAAUUAUACAAUUAUACAGACAUUGAUAAAUUUCUGUCUUUUAA